CGAAGAUAGCGACACUCCCCAUUCUGAUACCACAUCACGUAUUAAUGCUCGUAUAUAAAGUAAGCCCUGAACUUCCCUGGCAUACAUUGUGAUUGUUUAUCGUACGGCAGUCAGUCGCCUCUGCCGUAAAAAAAUGGUGAAAACAAAAAAGUGCAACAUGGCCAAACUAUUAGUGCUGUUAUCGAUAGCUGCUUAUGCUAGUGCACAAUCGUACUCAGCCACAAAUUUAGUCAAGAACAUUUAUAAUGAAUGUUUGAGUCAAUAUUCCGUGGAAUGUGUGAAGCCAAGAGCCCUGCAGUGGAUUUCGCUUGUGGCUAAUGAUGACGAGAUAAAAAUCACAGACAACCUCUCCAUCGUGAGAACGGCGACAAUCGAAGAUGAUGCUAACGUCGACCCAAGAAGUGCCAAAAAUCCAGCUGUUGAAAUAGUGGAUCAAGUGGAUCGUUUUAUACAAUCACAUGCGGUCAAAGUGAAAGUUCCUGAAGAUAUUACAAAUAGUGCUGCAUCAGAAUAUGUGCCAAGAUCGCUUUUGACCGAUCUUCCAUCAGAAUUGAAUAUGCCCCUUGAUGGUGAAGAAGAAGUUGAAGAGUUUGAGGGAAGGAAGAAGAAAAUCAAGCUGCCCAAACCUUUGAGGAUUAAGAGCAAACAUGGCUUCAUCAAGAAGGUGCUUCUGCCUUUCCUUCUCGGUUUGAAGUUCAAGGCUUCAGUACUGGUUCCUCUAGCUCUCGCUCUUAUCGCUCUGAAGACCUGGAAGGCUCUCACUCUUGGCCUUAUCUCUCUUGUUUUAUCUGGUGCUAUGGUCAUCUUCAAAUUUACCAAACCUAAAGUUGUGAAUUAUGAAGUUAUCCACUACCCUCAACACCAUGUGGAACAUCAUGUCGACCACCACGCUCCAGCGUGGGACGCUCACGGUCCUUAUCAAGCACGAUCUUAUGAAGAUGCCCACGAAUUAGCUUACAAUGCGCAAAUAUAAAAUUUUAACCAAAGCUUUAAAAUAAUACGGACCUCGAAUUAAAUUAAAUUAUUUAUUUAUUUAUUACUACGUUGUAAAUAAAGCUUUAAAUUAAGUUUCUCAUAACGAAGAGUGUUGUUUAUUUUUCCUUA